AUGCCAGAUCGUGGGCAGCUACGAAAAUGUAGGAAAAUUUCGCCGCCUCCGGGCUUAUUAGAUAGUACCGAUGAGGAUGAACGUAACAGUAUAAAAAUGAGUUCACAACCAGCACCAGAAACACCAGCAAUUCGACAAAACGGUAAUACAACUAACGCAACUAUUACUAGACAGUUUAUCGAUGAAUUAAAAAGACGAAAUGUUAGAACUCGUAACUUGAUUUCAUUUUGGCGAAUUGAUAGUACAAAGAAAUAUUUGUUUGUUUAUGGUGAUAAUCGUGAAGCAUUUUCACAGUUACUUAUGAAUGAAACAUAUCCAAGAAGUAUUAAUAGUCAACAAUUUAACAUUGAACAGCCUAAGCAUAUACCUCCACAGAUGAGUGUUUUAGCUAUGGGAGUUUCCUGUCAGCUAUCAGAAGCAGAAGUAAUAGCUGAUGUUCAGGAGCAGUAUGCCUCUGCGGAUGUCGUUCUUUUUGUCUGUCCGGCAUCUAGUCGAACACAAAAUGUUAAGCAACAGUUAUCAGAAAUUAAUAAAGCUCAUGCUGAUACAAUGUUGAAUCUUAGUAAUCAAAUUAACAUGUUAAGUGCAAAAGUUGACCGUGUAUCAUCAAAAGUAGAACAAAUGAACCAUUUAGUUAGCAAAGUUGUAAUUCCAUGUGUAUUUACAUUAGCUGAUUCUUUAGUUAAAUUGGACGAAAAAAUAUCUUGUAUGGAAGGUUCAGUUUCGAUUCAGGUGACAGCAUGCUAUGCGCCACGAUCUUCAGAUUUACCACUGAGUUCACUACGCUCGGUGUGUUCGAAUACGGCAUGUCAACUGCUUGGAGAUUUUAACGCGUACUCGGAUCUGUGGGGCUGUACUUCAACAGACAACCGUGGACGACAACUCGAACAAUUUAUCGAAGAACUGAACUUGAAUGUUAGCGCCACAGAAGCGACAUCUAAAAGAGCGACAACUUCUACCAACGUAAUUGACCUGACUUAG